UCGCACUGAGAAGAAAUCCAAGUCAACAGCAUCUGUUAGACGUCUUCCUCCCCCAAGGCAGAUGGCUGGCCUGUGCUGGAUGGCUGUGAUGCUGGCCUUCCUCCUGUCUGUUCCUAAAAACAGUUUGGCUGAUGAUUACAACGGCAGGCUUCCACAAAUUGUAAACGGCAUCUUGAGAAGGUAUAGAGUACAAGGCAUGUUCAGUCUGGCUGUAAGUAUCCCGAAAUACCAGAACCAGAACCAGAACCAGAACCAGAACCAGAACCAGAACCAGAACCAGAACCAGAACCAGAACAUUAAUGAAAUCCUUAAUCAAGUAUUCACAAGUGAUCCUGCCAACAAUGUGAAGAAUACGAUGAACAACGGUGAUGUGUACACCGGCAGCCGGGUGGUUGCAGCCAAAGUUCAGAGACACGACACGGGAGGAGAUGAUCACGCAGAGUCACGUGUCGUAGACCACUUAAACAACCUGCUCAACACACGUAAUGAUAAUGAUUUUCUGCUUUUCUAUGUUUAUGCCUCCCCAUGUGUGGAAAAAUGUACAAGCCGCAGGCAUAAAUAUAAUAUUCUCCAAAGGUUGAAUCAAAUUCUGGAAUGGGACAGUUACGCAGUUGUGUUUUCUAAAAUAUUCAAGCCCAAAAUUGGUCCAGGAAAUACUGACGAGCAGCGUAGUGGCGCCCUUCAGCAACUCGGGACGUACCAAGGUACCCGAGGUCAAAUUGGUCUAAACAACAUAUUCCGUUGUGAUAAACAAGCUAAUCAGAUGCAAUGCAGCGUAUGCUCCAGUGGUAAUGGAGUUGCUCACUACUGCAUUUCUGAUGUUACAGGAGGUGAGAGUGUUACAGGAGGUGGGAGUGUUACAGGAGGUGGGAGUGAUAGAGGUGAGAGUGAUAGAGGAGGUGGGAGUGAUAGAGUGAAAGAGGAGGUGGGAGUGUUACAGGAGGUGAGAGUGAUAGAGGAGGUGGGAGUGUUAGAGGUGAGAGUGAUACAGAAGGUGGGAGUGAUACAGAAGUUUGGAGUGUUACAGGAGGUAGGAGUGGUAAAGGAGGAAGGAGUGGUAAAGGAGGAAGGAGUGGUAAAGGAGGUAGGAGUGGUAAAGGAGGUAGGAGUGGUAAAGGAGGUAGGAGUGGUAAAGGAGGUAGGAGUGGUAAAGGAGGAAGGAGUGGUAAAGGAGGUAGGAGUGGUAAAGGAGGAAGGAGUGGUAAAGGAGGUGAGAGUGUUACAGGAGGUUGGAGUGGUAAAGGAGGAAGGAGUGGUAAAGGAGGUGAGAGUGUUACAGGAGGUUGGAGUGGUAAAGGAGGAAGGAGUGGUAAAGGAGGUGAGAGUGUUACAGGAGGAGGGAGUGGUAAAGGAGGUGAGAGUGUUAAAGGAGGUAGGAGUGGUAAAGGAGGUAGGAGUGGUAAAGGAGGUGGGAGUGUUACAGGAGGUAGGAGUGGUAAAGGAGGUAGGAGUGGUAAAGGAGGAAGGAGUGGUAAAGGAGGUAGGAGUGGUAAAGGAGGUGGGAGUGGUAAAGGGGGUUGGAGUGGUAAAGGAGGUAGGAGUGUUACAGGAGGUAGGAGGGGUAAAGGAGGAAGGAGUGGUAAAGGAGGUAGGAGUGGUAAAGGAGGUAGGAGUGGUAAAGGGGGUUGGAGUGGUAAAGGAGGUAGGAGUGGUAGAGGAGGUUGGAGUGGUAAAGGGGGUUGGAGUGGUAGAGGAUGAUCCAGUAGAAUGGGUAGAGAGGGUGGGUAGGUUCAGCAUCUAA